GAGACCAGAUUGCAGCAAACCACUGAGCAUCGUCGACUUCAUUCACGUAGGCUAAAUUAGAAAAACACCGAGCAGCGUCGAUCUCAAUUACAAAUUGAAAUAGCCCAAAUUAGCUAGGUACUUGACCAAAGCAUCUCGAACUAACGUUACCUAGCUAGUUUAGCUAAAUGAAUUGUUCUGUAAUUUUCGCCGUUCAAUAAGCAUUAAAAUACGAACUGUGGUCCUUGUUGGAAUUGCGUGGGAAGAAUCUCUUCCUACGGUUGUCAGUGGUUAGUUAGCUAGUUGUCUUUCGUUUCGAGGUCAUCCUCACCAGUGUGUAUCGAGUUAGCUAACGUUACAGCACGCUUUUUAGAGACUGUAGGCUUGACUAGGUAGCUAACUACACAACUCGCUAACAAUUUAGCUAACGUUUGUUGAAAGUCGUCUCCAGUUGGAAAAGAGCAGACAUGAAGAAUCUUCCGUAUUUCUGCCGGGGGGAAGUCGUUCGAGGAUUCGGGCGAGGAAGCAAAGAACUAGGGAUUCUCACAGCCAACUUCACAGACUCUGUGGUGGAGCUCCUGCCUGGCGACAUCAGCACAGGAAUCUACUAUGGCUGGGCGUGCGUGGACACCGGGGACAUCCACAAGAUGGUGAUGAGCAUCGGCUGUAACCCUUACUACAACAACGCCAAGAAAUCCAUGGAGACUCAUGUGAUCCACACGUUUAAAGAAGAUUUCUAUGGACAGAUCCUCAGUGUAGUCCUGGUGGGAUACAUCCGUCCAGAGAGGAGCUAUGACUCACUUGAUGCCCUUAUAGCAGCGAUCAACAAUGACAUUGAGGAGGCCAAAAGAGAGCUGGACCUCCCAGAACACCUCAAACUCAAAAAGGACAACUUCUUCAGAGCCUCUGCCAGCUCGUCCAUGACGUCGUCCAACAAGAUCACGAAGGACCUUUGACAUCUGAUCAUGCAACACGUUGUUCACUCUCGCAUUGAUCAUCACUCGGUGAAGUCGGUGUCACAAGUAUCCAUCCAAAUGUAAUUCUUCACUAGGCCUAGUGACCUGGCCGGCAGAGACCUUGCUUGUAUUUUAGUGUGGCGCAAACAUGAACCACUGAAGUUAAGGAGUGCCACGAUUACUUCAUCAAAAAGAGUCAAGUGAUUUUUCCAAACACUGCUUUGGGUGUUUUCCAUUGCAGUUUGAAUGUCUGGGUGGUUGACAACUAAUGGGCUCUCCUGUCUGUUAUGCUCUUUCUCUCGCGCUCUUUCUUUCUUUCUCUCUCUCUCAUAUUAUAUAUAUAUAUAUAUAUAUAUAUAUAUAUAUAUAUAUAUAUAUUCAAUCCUCAGCCAGAUUCUAUCCUCACAACAAAUCUACAGUCAUUGUAUCCGACCUGAAGCUACAUUAGACUACGGUCGUGUUCAUUAGGGCACAUAACCAAAUACACUUCAGAAUUGGACAAGUUUGGUGCCUAAUGACAUGAUCCUGGUAAUUUUUUUAAUUUUUUAAUUUUACCGUUAUUUUACCAGGUAAGUUGACUGAGAACACGUUCUCAUUUGCAGCAACGACCUGGGGAAUAGUUACAGGGGAGAGGGGGAUGAAUGAGCCAAUUGUAAACUAAUGUGCAACUCCAGGAAUUGAAUGUGUGUUGAGAGGAGCCCUGUGCCACCAAACCCACUCCUAAAGGUGGCACCCUAGUGGUUCGAGCGUUGGUCAAGUAACUGAAAGCUGCUGGUUCAAAUAACUGAGCAGAUGAGGCGAACAAUCUGUUGGUGCCCUUAAGCAAGGCACUUAACCCUCACUUGCUCCAGGGACGCUGUACUAAUAUGGCUGUCCCUGUACUAAUAUGGCUGUCCCUGGUAAACACUGUUCCCUGCACCUAUCCAGCGUAUGUGACAAAAAUGUCCUUUUGAAAUUAAUGGUAAUUUUGCAUCAUUUAGAAUUGGUGUUCAGUCUCAUGGCUUUGCACUUAGUUUUUCCUCCUAUUCAUAUUCGGGUGUAUUCAAAAUGUCUGCCUUGAAGCAGAGAAGUUCCUCAAUAUCUUGCAUUUGAUCUAGGCUGAAUAGUUGCAUUAUACACAGCACUGAAUUAAUCUGCAUUAUUUAUUGGAGAAACUGAUGUUCUUAUUUGACCUACACAAACUGCAUGGUUGGCUAAAGACAUGCUUGAAUGCAGCUUCAGUUUUCUGAUUUUCUUAAUUUGUAUAGUUCCUCAUUGGUCAAAUCCAGCAUUCUCCCACCCCAGCAAUGAGGGCCAUUUUAUUUAACGCUAAAGAUCUGUCUGAAUUUUUUUUAAUGGGUCCACUUAGCUACCUUCCCACAUUUUUUUGUUUUGUUUCCAGAAUUUUGUUUUUACUGACUAAACCUUGUUUGGACCCUCAUUCCACUGAGAUGGUAUACGAGAAGACUGAAGCCUUGUUCACACUGCAGGCCUUAGUGCUCAAAUCAGUUUUUUGUUUUCAAAUCCGUUUUGGAGUACGGACUGUCCAAACAGCAAGUUACAAGUGACCAAAUCAGAUUUGUGUGUUCAGACCGCAGUCAUUUGCUGACAUGGCUCCGCAAGUUGUUACUAUGACAACAGGUGCGUGAGCAGUGGGGUAGGCUGAUUGGUGUUGGUGCUCAUGCUUCCUACCACUCAGGAGUUGUGUAGCAAGCUGAGGUGACACCAAUGCCUGCCAUGAACAUUUCCCAGUUGCUUUGAAUGUUCAAAAUCAGUGCAUGAACACUUUUAAAAGCUCAAAGUCCUUUUUGGCUAGCCCCAGCAGUCAACUAGGUAGCUCUUUAGUGUUCCAGCACAUUUACUAAUUUGUUCGUAAACCAUUAAGCUAGUUAGCUACAUGUUCUUGUCAAAACCGCCAACCGAGUAGUUGGCAAGCAACACGACCUACCAAAUAAGUGUUUAAAAAAAGAAAGAAAAAAGAGGGAAAGUACAUCAGAUUUGACUGUUCAGACAAGUCGCAUGGCCCGUAAUCAGAUUUGUAGCUGAUUUCAAACCAACUAUGAAGGUUUGAAAUGUAGCUUCAAAUAUCUGAUUCCCUGUGCUUUUGGGCUGUUCAGACUGCAGGGGAAAAAAACUUUUCAAAUCGGAUAUGCAAAAAACAAAAUGGAUUUGAGUCACUUCAAACUGCCAGUAUGAACAAGGCUUAAGUCCAAGGCUCUGAUUCUCUGCAGAUGGAUGUGGUGGGCAUGUGUUCGUCACAGGACAAAGUGGACAGUGUCGAGCAUAUACAUAACACUUUAUAAUAAGUUGUUCAAAAUGAAUUGUGAGCUCAUGUGAUUUGAGAUUUUAAUGUAUUUGAGAGACACUGUUCCUCUGCCAUAUUUUUGGCAGAGGAAACAAUAUGGCUGGUGUUAUUAAUAUAUUCAUGUUUACGUAGACCAAAUCUGUGAAUACGAUUCUAUAUUCCCUAUCCCUACCCCCCAUGUUCCUCUUCAGAUUUUGAGCUUUGUUCCUUUAAAAAAUACGUCAUGGCCUUUUUUUAUUGCAGGAUACCUUAAAUUCCCCUCCACCCAUACCCAGAAAAUGUACUGGGGUAAGCAAUUGAUAUGCAUAAGUAAAUGGUAUUCAACAAUGACGUAUUGAAAGCUAUGCAAUGUGGGAUGGGGAUCGGUCUCUACCAUUUAAAAGGCCAGAGGGAAAGGUUUUCUCUUGGUUAAUUUAUGGUUACUGUUUAGUUAGAACACGGACUCGGCACCAGUUGUAGAGGGAUUUUUGUGUUCCCCAGACCUUAUAUGCCUGAGUGGUUAGCAGUACUAUACUUUAGUACCACAGAAGGACAUAGACCAACAUAUACAUACGGUUUCUCAAACUUAUACACAGCAGAAUCUGUGUUAAUAUUAACCCAGUGUGCUCAUUGUCUGUCUUAUCUGACUCCCUGUCAUUAGCCUGCGCAGGGUUUCCCAAACUCGGUCCUGGGCCCCCCCCGGUACACUUAUCAUGCAAUCUAUUGCCUUAGUAGUGUAGUCAUGGGUGCCUCCUGGGAGGGGUAAGAAUGUGCUGAAGCCCCUUUGAGAGCCUAGCACCCCCCAAGAAAUAUUGUAUUAUUACAGACAACACUACACAAUGAUCGUGAAACAUUUGUUGGUGCCACCACUGACUAGUUAAACCUACAAUAUACUGUAAGAGAACAUGACUCAACAAGAGCCAUUCUAAUGUUUCUCUGUUUCCCCCAGCUUCAGUGUUCUGUUUUUCAAUGGUAUUACACUGAAGGCCAGGGUUGUGUUCAUCAGGUCAGGAGCUGGUUUAUUAAUAUGUUUUUGAUUUAUGUGGCUCUUCAUCUGGUCAUACCCCUAUUGAAAUGUUUCCCCGUGAUUUCAGGUUUUGGUAGGACUACAGCUGUGUCUGGUUGUGUUUGUACUCUAUCGGUCUGUCAGAUGUUCUAUAAAUCAUUGCAGCUAGAAGUGCUCAUUAAACUGUCAAAACAACAUGGCUUAUAUUUGAUCAAGUACUAGGCACUAGUGUUGGCUUAGGCAACUGUACUCAGAGGCAUCUGUUAGUAAUACUAGUAGGCUUGCUCUCCAGUUUGGCGCCAAACCACAACCCUGAGCCAACAUUAUCUCAUAUUAAACAAGGGGAAUAUCUAGCUCAGUCGAGACCUUGCUUAGUAGAAUCAGACCAAUGUCAUUAACCAGGGUCAUCUGCUUUUUCUCCCACUAUUCUUUCACUUGUAUUCUGCCUUUAUAAAGAAACUAAGUGUAGGAUGGCAGAAUGGCCUGUUCCCAAAAUGUGCUUUAGCUGGAUAAGAAACAUCCUUGUAAAUAAUUGAUAUGCUUUCCAAGAAUUUACCCAACCUCCAAUACAAUGUUAUUUUCUAGUCCUUUCAGCUGUGAUUGCAUACAUUUGACUGUUUUAAGAAAUCAUGGAAUUCUGUAGUUACUGAAGCAUCAUGUCAUAGCUUUGGAUUUUUUUUUUAAAGCAGCAAGUGUAACUGUUUUGUCUUUUCCCAGUUAACCAUGGGUCUGUGUUCAGGGACCAGUCGUAUGUGUUGGGCUCGUUCAUAAUCCUUCUGUCCUGCUGCUGUAUGAUCCUGCCUGACGUUGUAUUCUUAUUAAACAUGUUCAAAGAUG